UUGUAUUGUAAUAUUGUUGGCUAGUAUAUUAAUUUCAAAACCAAAUAAACUGCUAAUGUGCGAUUACACAUUAUGUUGUAAUACUGAUAGUACAUGUUUUGUUAGAUAUUGAGAAGGAAUCGUAAUUAUUGAGUGCGUCACGCAUGUAACCGUAAAUUUGCGUUCACGUUCGAUGUUGUUAUUAUACGGAUGUUUAGACGCGAACAAUGUCAAAAUAAUUUAAGCUUUAUAAACAUUGGCUUAUAUAUAAUGUAUUCGAAUGUAUACGUUUACACAGAUGAUAGUUUAUUUGUUGAUAGUGAGGGGCCGUCUGCAAACAACAUGAAACUGAACAAAACAAUGUUUUAUCAUUAGAUUUUUUUAAUUGUUAAUAAAAAACAAGCAUAAAUUGUGCAAUUGAGUACAGAUACACCAGCUUAAUGUUUAAUAAACAGAAUAAUCAUAUCAUAAUGUAUGUCCUACUGCACCGUGUUGGAAUGUCAUUUGUUAACUGUGCGGGGAUCAUGUUUCUGCGUCGGUCUUGCGGCGUAGCCUACGCAGAGACGCGUACCCUUGUGUAACAUCGCGUCAAACCCUACGCAGAGCGCAAGCUCUAUGAUUGGUCGGCUUGUACCCCGCCCUUCAGAUCAAAACCCCCGCGAUUGCGUCGGCUUUAUUUAUACGCAUUAAUGUGUGAAUUAUCUAAAUAAACAACAUAUUCUGCUGUAGUUAGCAUAUCAAGCUGCAAAAGUGAAUUUUUACUGCCGCUAUAACCGCUAAUGCUUCUCAAACAGCGUACACAACGAGCCGCUUCUUCUUUGGCUCUUGUUUUGGUUACACAAACAACACGCUUGUUGACACUGACGCCUAGUGGCUAUUGCUUGUCGACGCGGACAACGACGCACAAGUAUAAAGGAAAACCGGCGCGUUGCCUGUGGCGUAGCCCCGACGCACAAACAUGAUCCGUGAGCACGUUAAAUGGGAUGAUCUGGUUAUUACUUAUUCUGCUUACGAUAUACUGGAGCAAUACCAUGAAAAAAGUGAAAGCGAAUUUGAGAAUGCCGCGUACGAAGCAGAGCUUGCGAUCAAAGAUGGCCAAGAAAAGGAUGGCGGACCGGAUGGCUGCUGAUGCUGCAGAGGUUGUGCCACCUCUUAAAAAAAUGGCACAAAUAACUGAACAUUGUGUGUAUCACAAUGGGCCUACUCAAAAACCUUCUGAAAAACCUACUCAAAAACCUACUCAAAAACCUACUCAAAAACCUUCUGAAAAACCUACUCAAAAACCUUCUCAAAAACCUUCUCAAAAACCUUCUGAAAAACCUACUCAAAAGCCUAUUGAAAAACCUACUGAAAAGACUGUCCAAAUGCCUAUUAAUAACUGUGAUGAAAAUUCUAACAUGAAUGCUGUUUUUGAUUUGUUUCCUCAGAAACAUUACAUCACAGGUUCUUUCCAUCAAGGAGAUGCUCGUUAUGUCCAGAAUUAUGGGAAGCAAUGUGCAGUUAACAGUUUAACUGCAAUUCUGAUGUCUAAAUUGAAAAAUGUUUUUCAGUGGAGCACCAGUGAUAUUAAUUCUGUGUUGUUGCAUGGUGAUCAGUUUUAUUCAGACAUCAAAGCUGCUGGUAAGAUCAGUGACCACAUUAAUGGAUACAUGUAUGUCGAGGAGCUGCCAGACUCACACACACUGAAUGAUUGUAGUUUUGCAAUAAACUAUGAUGAUUCAUUAAAACGUACACCAUACUCACGUAAGCAGUACAGAGAGAAACUCCAAUACACCACCAAAAAUGACUUUCAACAGAAGAAAAACAUCACUGCUAAGAAAAGAUAUCAAGAGGAUGAAACUUACAAAGAUAAACUGAUGAAAUUCAGCACUGAGAAAUACAAGACAAAUGAACAGCAUCAAGAAAAGAUCAAACAAUAUAGUAAAGAUAGAUAUAAAUUUGAUGAUUUGCAUCGUGAGGUUGUGAAAAGGUUUAGCACAGAGAAGUAUGCUAAUGAUGAAAUACACAAACAAGCUGUGAAAGAAUUUAGCCACCGAAAAUACCAUGAGAAUGAAAUACACAAACAAGCUGUGAAAGAAUUUAGCCACCGAAAAUACCAUGAGAAUGAAAUACACAGAAACAGUGUUAUAGAUUAUAAUAUACAGAAAUAUAGAAUUGAUGAUGGCUUUGCCAAUAGGAUCAAAAUAAGAAACACUGAAAGAAGAUGUGAGACACAGAUGAAUAAAAAGGACAUUGACUUUGUGAUGGAACAGUUUAAAGAUAAAAUAUCUACAGGUCCUGAAUAUGUUUGUUCAGUUUGUCAUCGCUGUUGCUUUAAAAUGCAGGUUAAACACUGCAAAAUAGAUACAUACUUUCAAAAGUCAGCACAAUGCAGGUAUGUUGCAGAAAAAUGUGUAACAUUUAAUUAUGUACAUGAGUGUGAUCAAGACUGUUGUGAAGACUGUGUUUACAGAAACAGCUCAGCUGCAUCUUUGUGGAUUUGUCACACAUGUGAUAGAAAAAUUUCUCAAUGUAAAAUGCCUGCUGAAAGUGUAGCAAAUAAUCUUGCUCUGGAUCCUAUUCCUCCUGAACUGAGCUGCUUAAAUUCUCUUGAGGAACAUCUAAUAGCAAAGCACAUUCCAUUCAUGAAAAUGCUGGCAUUACCACGUGGAGGACAGAAUGGUGUUCAUGGACCAGUGACUUGUGUUCCAUCUAAUGUUACAGAUGUUGUGAAUGUUUUACCAAGAUCAGAAAAUGAUGAUUUGAUGAUUCGUGUAAAGCUCAAGAGGAAAUUAACAUAUAAAGGGCAUUAUGAGUAUAAAUAUGUACAUACUGAAAAGAUAAAGACAGCGCUGGCAUACUUAAAGGAUAAUAACAAGUGGUAUACAGAUGUGGACUUUAAUGAAACUUGGGUUAAUCCUCUGAGUAAAACAGAAGAAGAGAUUGUUGAGGAAAUUGACAAUAAUGAGCAACUUUCAGAGAAUUGUCAGGACAUGUGUGUUGAGACAGAGAACAAAACUGAGAAUGAAGAUGAUGAGAUGACUGAUGAGACACUUCAUGAUAGACAACAGCAUGGAUUAUAUAUGGACACAUGCCUUCAACCAGUGGAUAUUGGACAAGAAAUUUGUGAUCAGCAUUUUGAUGGCAUUAUGUCACUUGCACCAGCGGAGGGCAAUAAUCCAGUGAGAAUGUUAAUGGAUGAAACUAAUGAGGCCAAAUGUUUUCCAGUUCUAUUCCCAAAGGGAACAGGAACAUUUCAUGAGUCAAGACAGGAAAAACUAACAAUUUGUAAAUACUUGAAAAAUAGAAUCCUAAACGCAGACGGACGUUUUGCUCAAAACCUAGAUUACAUAUUUUAUGGCCAAUAUUUGUCUGAGUUGAAUCAAGUUAUUUCAAAUGUAUCAAUUGCUUUAAGGAAAGGUUAUCAUACUGAUAACAAAACAAAAAUUACUCCAGAGAAGCUGACAAACAAAGAAUCACUUCAAAAGAUUUUGAAUUUUGAUCAGGGUUACAAAUUCUUAAAGCCAAUAAGAGGAUCACCGAGUUUCUGGAGCUCCUGCCAACGAGACCUUUUCGCAAUUUUGCGUCAACAAGGCCUACCAUCGUUUUUUGCGUCAUUUUCAUCCGCUGACUUGCGCUGGCCAGAGCUAAUGCAGACUAUUGCGAGACAAGAGGGCUGUGAAACUCCUAUUGAUGAACUGGACUGGUCUGAGAGAUGUGGAAUGCUUAAACGAAAUCCAGUAAUUGCUGCUCGUAUGUUUGAUCAUAGAUUUCACUGCUUUCUGAAAGAUGUGAUUAUGUCACCAGCUCAACCAAUCGGGAAAGUAAUUGAUUAUUUCUAUCGUGUAGAAUUUCAGCAGCGUGGAUCACCUCAUACACACUGUCUGUUUUGGGUUGAAAAUGCCCCUCAGGUUGACAAAGAUGAUGAUAAAGAUGUUGUUGCAUUUGUUGAUCAGUAUGUCACUUGUGAAAUGCCAUCUGAGGAAGAUGAACUGUAUGAAAUUGUGAGCAGUGUCCAACAACACAGCAAAAGACAUUCAAAAACAUGUAGAAAGAAAGGAACUGUGUGUAGAUUUAACUUUCCACGUCCACCGAGCAAAAAUACUUUCAUUACAAGAAGCAGUAAUACUGAUAAGGAUAAAAAGGGAGCUGAUGAUAAAAAACAUGAAAAUUCAAACAACUGUAAAGAAAUAUCAAGUGAGGUAGCUGAAUCUAUAUUAAAACAAGUAAAAGAAUGUUUGUUGAAUAGUGAUGCUGUAUUUGACUCAGUUGACUCUAUGUUUGCGUAUCUUGGUAUAAAUCAAGAAAUAUUUGAAGCAGCGUACAACAAACUGACGAAGAAAACAAGUGUUCUGUUGAAGAGAAAGCCAAGUGACGUGUGGGUGAAUCAGUAUAAUCCAGAUCUGUUACGCUGCUGGAAUGCAAAUAUGGACAUACAGUUUGUUGUUGAUGCUUACUCUUGUGUUGUUUAUAUAAUUUCCUACAUUUCCAAAGCUGAGAGAGAAAUGGGAUUGCUGCUGGCUAACGCUCAGAAAGAAGCACACAGUCAAGGUAAUAUGGAUGCGAAACAAGCUUUAAGAAAACUUGGAAGUGUGUUUUUACAUAAUCGAGAGGUUUCAGCUCAAGAGAGUAUUUAUCGGUUGACAAACAUGAGAUUAAAAGAAGCAUCAAGGAAAGUGGUUUUCAUUCCAACUGGUCCUAAUACAGUGAAAAUGAGUUUACCAUUAAACGUAAUGCAGAAAAAAGCUGAAUGUGCAGAAAACGACAGUGAUGAGAUAUGGAUGAAAAGCAUCACAGACAGAUACAGAGCUCGACCAAACACAAAUCAAUUUACUGGAAUGUGUUUAGCAACUUUUGCUUCAGAAUACAGAGUUUUGAGUAAAUCUGAAACCUCAUGUUCAGACAGAGUAACACUGGAAAAUGACAUGGGAUUUGUGAGAAAAAGAACUCGCACAGGCUUUGCUGUUGUACGAUACGCACGUUUUUCACCCACUAAAAAUCCAGAAAAUUAUUUUCAAAGUAUUUUGGAAUUAUUUUUGCCUCAUUUUUCUCAAAGCCAACUGAAACCACCAACUUUUACCUCCCAUAAGGAUUUUUAUGAGACUGGAUAUGUAAACAUUAAUGAUGAGCUUGAGUCAGUGAAAAUGAUUGUGGACACAAACAUGGCAAAAUUUGAAAAAGAAGCAGACACAAUACAGAGAGCUCAAGAUGAUCUAGAUAAACAUGGACCAAUGGAAGAUGCUUGGGCUGAAAUCUGUCCAGAAGCUGAACUUGAGCGUUUAGAAUGUCUUGAGAAUAAACAACAAAUAGAAACAGAAAAAGAUGAUGAUGUCAUACCUGAUCUAUUACCAAACGAAGGUGUUUCCAAAAUAGAAAACAAUCCUUCUGCUAUGACAAAACAAGAUGCUAUGGCAUUACUACGAUCAUUGAAUGAAAAACAGUCACAAAUCUUUUAUAAAGUACGUCAAUGGUGUUUAGCAAAAGUACAAGGUGAGUCCCCAGAUCCAUUUCACUUGUUCAUAUCUGGUCCAGGAGGCGUGGGAAAGUCUGUACUGAUUAAAGCAAUCCAGUAUGAAAGCAGUCGCAUCCUUUCAAAGCUGUCAGAGAAUCCAGAUGAGACACACGUGCUGUUAACAGCGCCCACUGGUGUUGCUGCUUAUAAUAUAAACGCUGCUACAAUCCACAGCACUUUCUCUAUCGGAACAAAUGCAUCACUGCCAUAUCAACCGCUUGGAGAUGAAAAAAUUAAUUCAUUGAGAGCCAAAUUUGGAAAACUGCAAAUUUUGAUAAUAGAUGAAAUUUCAAUGGUUGAUCAUAAACUCCUUGCAUAUAUUCAUGGAAGAUUGAGACAAAUCAAACAAACAGGUGAUUAUUCUGCAUUUGGAAAAGUCUGUGUCAUUGCAGUCGGAGAUUUUUAUCAGCUGUCACCUGUUAAAGGAAAACCACUUUACACUGAACCAAUAAACAGUGUGAAUCUUUGGGAAACCAACUUCAGUUUCGUUGAACUUAAAGAGAUUAUGAGACAAAAGGACAAAAGGUUUGCAGAAUUAUUAAAUCGUUUGAGAGUACAUAAAAAAGGUGAACCAAUGCUUGAACAAGAUGUUGCUAUGCUUAAACAAUGUGAAACUGGUGAUGGAGAUGAAAGCACAGCUCUCCACAUUUACGCUACUAACAGAGAAGUUGAUGAACAUAAUAUAAAGAUGUUGUGUAAAUUGUGUUCUGACACAGUAACUAUAAAUGCCAAAGACUUUGAGAAAAAUGUUAAAACUGGCCGAAUGGAAAGAAAAGAUGGGUUUCAUGUCAGAAUUCAUAACAGUUCUUUAGAGAAAUCUCUUGAGUUAGCUGUUGAUGCUCGAGUAAUGCUGCUGAAGAACAUUAAUGUUUCUGAUGGGCUUGUGAAUGGAGUUUUUGGGACAAUUAAAGAAUUCUGUUAUGAUGAUGAUGAAACAUUUCCAGCCAAAAUGUAUAUUGAUUUUGAUGAUGAAAGAAUUGGUAAAGAAGCCAGAAGUAAAAACCCAUGUUUAAAACCUGGAUUGGAGAAAUGUACACCAAUUGAACCUGCAGAAGAAAAAGUCACAAGCGCUGGGGGCAUCAGAAUACAGUAUUCCCUGAAACUUGCUUAUGCAUGUACAGUUCACAAAGUACAAGGUCUCACAGUGAAUAAAGCUGUUGUGUCAAUGAAGAAGAUAUUUGCUCCAGGACAAGCUUAUGUUGCAUUGAGUCGUGUGACUUCUCCUGAUGGACUGAUAAUAGAAGAUUUUCAGGAGAAAGUUAUUUUUGCAAAAGAUAACAUUGUACAAGCUUUGCAGAGUAUGCCACCGUUCAUUCUUCCAUGUGAAACAACAGUAAGUUCAACAUUUCAAAUGAUAUUACACAAUGUGCAAGGGCUUAUUCCACAUAUCUCAGACAUUCGACAUGACAGUAGAUAUUUUCAAGCAGAUAUGAUUUGUGUGACAGAGACAUGGCUAAAACCAAACUAUUAUGAUAAUGAUAUCAGACUUGCUGGAUACUAUUUUCAUGACAAAGCACGAAGUGAUGCAUAUGACACAAGCCAAGAUGUUUUUGCUAAACUAAAAGAGGAAAAUCAUGGUGGUGUGGGUGUAUAUCACAGAGAGAAUGUAGAAGUUACUGUACUUGAUUUACCAUGUAUUAACAUUGAAUGUCUAAUGUGCAGGGUUGAACAUUUAAACACAACUGUUGCAGUCGUGUACAGACCUCCAUCAUAUAAUUUACUGUUGUUUAGAGAGAACUUGAUUAACUUCAUCAAUGAAAUCAACAGUUUACAAGGAGGCAAAAUCAUUCUUGGAGAUUUCAAUGAAAACCUUCUCAAAAAAUCAACUAUUCAUGAUGUCAUGCAGCAGUUUGGCUUCAGACAAAUAGUUUACAGUGCAACAACUGAGAGUGGCACAUUGAUUGAUCAUGUUUACAUAAAAGAUGUUGAGUUGAAUAAAAUAAAGAUUGACAUAAUGCCCACAUACUUUAGCUACCAUGACUGCAUUGUCUGUGGUUACACCCUACCGUACCUUUAA